CUUUACUUAUUCUAUGUUUCUUCUGUUUCUUUUUGCCUGCUCUGCUCUGCUCUGGUUCAGCUUUUCCUUUCCCUUUUCCAUUUUUAGUACAUAGGAAACUCCACAGAACUUCGUUUUCUGCGUAAAAGACCAAUAAAUCCUCAUCAACGAAACUUCAACACGGAACUGACGGAAGAAAUAAUCCUCUUCGGAUAACUCUGAUUUUUCCCAUGCAACAGAACUUUUUCGGUCGGUCCGCCCAUCAAAACUCCCUGGCAACCUUUCUCUCUCUAUAUUAUAUAUAGACGUUAUGAGAUGACAACUCCAUCACAGAAAAUCCCAUUCCUCAUAAUUCGUUUUCUCCAAAAGCGGUUACAACCAAACACGUUUUGAAGAGCUCUAAAAGAUAAUAAUAAUAAUAAUAAUAAAAAAAAAAAAAAAGAUUUUGUUUUAGGGUUUUAGUUUUAGAGAGAGUUAGAGAGAAGAGAAAAGAAUUUUGUUUAGGGUUUUACAGGGGGAGAGAGAUGGGAAAUUGCUUCUCGGAUUUGGAGGGAGGAAAGCAGGCCGUGGGCGCGACCUCAGCGGCCGCCACCUCCAACAACAACAAUGGCGGCCACAACGACGCUGUUGAGUUCUUCUACAGGUCUCGGGGGCUCCAUCCUCUGUUCACUCAAAUAGAGUUAUCUCUAUCAGCAUCCAACUUGAUUGAUCGUGACUUCACUUCAAAGAGUGAUCCCAUGGCUGUGGUGUAUGCAAAGAAAAUAGACGGAAAGCUAGAGGAGUUAGGUCGCACUGAAGUUGUAUUGAAUAGUUUGCAUCCCAAAUGGAUAGAAAAAGUUACAGUUGCAUUCCAAUUCGAGAUUGUACAGCCAUUGGUAUUUCAUGUGUAUGAUGUUGAUUCGAAGUAUCAUAAUAUCCCUGUGAAGACCCUGAAAUUGAAGGAUCAAGACUUUCUUGGAGAGGCAACUUGUGUUUUAUCAGAGAUAGUAACCAAACAAAGUCGGAGUUUAACCCUAAAUCUUCAUAACAAAAAUGGGAAGACGGGUUUGAGGAACUUUGGGGCACUCACUAUCCAUGCGGAGGAAACAGUUGCUUCGAGGAGUGCUGUUGAGAUGAUAUUUCGUUGUUCUCACUUGGAUAACAAGGACCUAUUUUCUAAAAGUGAUCCUUUUUUGAAAAUAUCUAGAAUUGUUGAGAGCGGAGAUCCUGUUCCAAUAUGCAAGACUGAAGUGGUGAACAACAACUUAAAUCCAACUUGGAAACCCCUAUGCAUGAGUAUGAAUCAGUUUGGAAGUAUGGAUAACCCAUUAAUUAUUGAAUGCUUUGAUUUCAACAGCAGUGGCAAUCAUGUGCUUAUUGGUAAGCUCCAAAAGUCAGUAGCAGACCUAGAAAAACUUCACAAAGAAAGAAGUGGUGCAAAUCUUACCUUACCAUCUUCUCCUUAUGGUCACGAGAAGGUUUUGAAGGGACAACAGUUUGUGGAUCAAUUUUGUCAGAAGGAACAGUACAGUUUUCUUGAUUACAUUUCUAGUGGAUUUGAGCUUAACUUUAUGGUUGCUGUUGACUUUACGGCCUCCAAUGGAAAUCCUCGGAAUCCAGAUUCUCUACACUAUAUUGAUCCUUCUGGCCGGUUGAAUUCUUAUCAGCGGGCUAUAAUGGAGGUUGGGGAGGUCAUUCAGUUUUAUGAUUCUGAUAAACGUUUUCCUGCUUGGGGCUUUGGAGGAAAAACUUUUGAUGGUUCCCUCUCACAUUGUUUUAAUUUGAAUGGAAGUGCAAGUGGCUAUGAGGUCGAAGGAGUUGAAGGCAUCAUGGCUGCUUAUGCAAGUGCUCUACGUAAUGUCGCUCUUGCAGGGCCCACUUUAUUUGGACAAGUGAUUAACACAGCUGCGCAAAUUACCGGCCAGUCCCUUUCAUACUCCAGCAACAAGUAUUUUGUCUUGCUCAUUAUUACGGAUGGAGUCCUUACAGACCUUCAAGAAACAAAAGACGCUUUGGUGAGGGCAUCUGAUCUUCCACUGUCGAUUCUUAUUGUGGGAGUGGGAGGGGCAGAUUUUAGUCAAAUGGAGCAGGUCCUUGAUGCUGAUGGUGGACAACGAUUGGAGAGCUCUACAGGUCGCGUUGCUACGCAUGACAUCGUACAGUUUGUUCCAAUGCGAGAAGUGCAUAGUGGGCAGAUUUCUGUGGUGCAGGCUCUUUUGGAAGAGCUACCUGGACAGUUUUUGACCUACAUGCGGAGUAGAGACAUAAAGCCACUCUCUCCCCAUGUACCCCAAACCUCUGCUUAACUACGUACAUUUACCAAGUCCACAAAAGCUAUACAUAUAAAUGUUGAUACAGCAGCAACUAGGGUUUUUAGGUCUGAACUACCAACAGAUUGACAACCUGCCUAAAAGGAGGUUGGUUUUUUUUUUUUUUUUGGGUGGGUGUGUGGGAGGAAGGUUACAGUAUCAAUAUCAAGAAGACGAUGCUAGCUAGAUAUCUUGGAGGGAAAAAAAUUGAUUUCUGCUACACUUGUAGAGUUCUCUCUCUUGCAAUAUAUAUAUACGUGCUAGCUAGUGGGUGGUUUCUCCAGAUUGGAUUGUAUUCACUGCACUAUGGAAGUUCAAGUUCCUAAAAGAUAUAUAAAGGUGAUACAGCGUUUCAACA